AAAGUGCCUUUAGAGACACAUGAUUUAAUUAGCUAGAUUGUUGGACCAAUGAAGAACACAAGACUAAAUCCGUUCGAGCACAUUAGCUAUAAACAAGGAUAAUUUUUAGUAAAACAUGUUCGUGGUAAGUGAAUCAGUGUCACUUCCGGUCAGAUUUUCUUCUCUAUAUACUUAUAUUUAAGAGGUCACUUAAGUCGGUUGUUCUACCCAUAACCGGCGUCACGUCAGCAAAUUCAGUUCAGACAUAUAGUUUUACUUUACUAUCCUUCCAUUACCAGGUAAUUCCGUGACAUUCUCUCACUGAAAUGCUUGUCACACGUUCAGUUUUCAUGUCUAACUUCUGACGUCACCAAAUGAUAUUUAAUAAGUAUUCAUUUCAGUUUCCAGCUCAUUCCUUCCUCGCUCUGAAGAGACGAUGUGCGAUACCUUUAAAAGAGAAUUUCGUUGUAGAAAUUUGUGGACUGAUGCUUCAAAUGUAGCUGACUUUACUUCGUCUACGUGGUUAUCUGACGGCGCCUUCACAAUUUACCGAGUGAUCCUGGCACUUUACACUACUGCUUACACAGUGGUCGGCGUGAUUAAAAGACAAGAACAAGGCGUGAAAUGGCUUAUCUUCCUCACUAACUGGAGCUACACGUUUGUCAAUUUGCACUUUAUUGUCAGUGCAGUUAUCGUUACACACUAUUACUACAACAAUAGAAGCAGUAUCAAAACAAGCGAAGAAGAAGAAGAAGAAGAAGAAGAAGAAGAAGAAGAGGAAGAAGAUAACGUGAGAAUUCGUCCCUAUGUCAUGAUCAAUUCUCGUCCUCCAUUAGCCUGCAAAACCUCGUGGGUAAUCUACGAUAUUGCCGCCAACAUCGCUUUUCCAGUGACCGUGAUGUACUGGACCCAAGUGUAUGUGCCUGGUCAUGCCUAUGACAGCGUAACCUUCAAUGCGCAUGCUUUAAACUCGGUAGUUAUUGUCCUCGAUACCAUGAUUAGCUGUAUCCGGGUCAAACUGUUGCACAUUAUUUACCCAAUCAUAUUCAUUUCCGUUUACAUGAUAUUCUCGUUGAUCUACUGGGCUUGUGGAGGGACGGAUCCGUAUGACCAUCCUUACAUCUACUCCGCUCUUGAUUACGGCGGUCAUCCAAUUAGAGCCGCGGUAACUAUCUGCUUAUUUUUUUGUGUUGGUAAUGUGCUGUCACAGUUGCUUCUUUUUGGAUUGUAUCAAUUACGCUUGUGGUUGAAACAGUUUUGUCGCUGUACGACGUUAACGGCCAUCUAGGAGAAAGAACAAUCUUUGGCUUCAAUCUUUACAAGUCUCGUUCCCAGACUUCGCGCGUUUUUGGUCAAUGGUGACAAAACCGUUCAAAGAACCGUUGGACAUACGUGCGUAGGAAAAGAUAGUGCUGCCAAUUUGUACAAUCUAUUACAACUUUCAAUGCAUAAACAUUACAAAAUAGAUUCUAUGCCACAUAAUUGGCAAGAACUUGAUUAGGGCUUGCCACAAGUUGCUCGAGAUUUCCCAAAAAGUUGCCCGAAAUUUCUCAAAAACUUGCUCAAAAGU